AAGUACCGGUAAAGGUUGUGAGCUGUGCUUAGUACCUCUUGAAUGCUACUCGUUUUGGAAAGGUGUGACCAUGUCGAAACAGCCGAUGGGGAAGACCUUGUUGAGGAAUGUAAUCCGCCACACAGAUGCCCACAACAAGAUCCAGGAGGAGAUGGAGAUGUGGAAAAUGAGAGGCUGGGAGAUCCAAAUGUCCCACCACAAACAUCCAUCAGAGACAGAGUGUGUGAGGGGGCGCAUGCACUGUGAUCGAGUGCCAGAUCAAGGUCGGGACCUGAGUCGAAGCAGAGAGCGAGUGUCAGAGCACGACGACAGAGAGGCUCGAUACUGGACUCGCAAACUGUAUGAAUUUGAGGCCAGUGAUCCAGACAGGUGGGGUCAUAGUGGCUUCAAGGAGCUUUAUCCUGAGGAGUUUGAAAGUGCCAGUGAAAAGAAGAAGAUUGGGCACCACAAAAUGAAAAAGUCUAAGCCAGACACAGAAGCAAGCUUAUCAAAACGCUCCAAAAAAUCCUCCCGAAAGAAGAAGAAGAAGAAGAAGAAGAAAGAUGAGGGAGAAAAACAAAAGAAAGCUAAGUCUUCAAGUAGUGAUGACAGCAGUGAUGCCAGUAGUGCUGCCAAAGACAAGCAAAGGAGGAAAAGGACUAAAAGUCGACAUAAAGAUAAGAAAAGUGUGAAAACCAGAGGGAGAGAUGACGACAGCAACUCAGAGGACAGUGAUGAUGAAGGAGAAAGGGAGAGAUGGAUUCACAGUCGCAAAAAGAGAAAACAGGACUCUCACAGAGACUCAGACUUAGGGCCAAACUCAAAAAAGAAGAGGAGGAAAAACAAGAAAGCAGCAGUUGAGGAGAGCUCAGAUGAUAGUUCUGCUGACUGAGAUGUGCAGACGUGGACAGACACCCAGCUCAGGUAACGACCAGGAAAACUACUGCAGAUUUCUGUUGUUCCCCCUUAACUGCACAGAGGGCUUUUCUCUGCAGGGCCACUCUGUAUCAUACUUUGUUAAACAUCCACAAACCUGCGAUGUUGGCUGUCUCCAUGGGCGUUCUGUGUAGCAAUAUCUCAUCACCUCUGCAGUGGCUCGAAGCACGUUGUACGACAGUGCAGGCAGCAGGCACCGUGAAGAGAGAUGAUGAGGGCAUCUGCCUCGUGAAGAAUUCUGUCGGCUGCAGGCUUCUUGAUUGAUCACUGACUCUCGCCUCAGACUGUCUGCCUCACCAUGGAAACCCUCUGUCCUGAAAUGACCACUGGUUCUUAUUUUAUAUAAGAAGAAAAAAUCAAAUUAUGCAACUUUCCUCAGUAGUUACAACAGAAUGUGCAUUUGGUUUUGAUAAAUGGUUUUUUUAGUUGUCUAAAUUUUAAUAUUUGUAUGCAGUACAAUGUCACAGGUGAAAAAUAAACAUCUAUUUUGCUGUUUUUUUAAA